UUCACAACUUCCUUCACAACAGCUCUGCUCCGUGAAGCUAAAGGUAUGAAUACCCUGACUUCCGUGGAGGCUGCUUCUCUGUAAAUGCUGUGUGGCCACUUCAGACGCCAGAUUUGUACUUUAGUUGUUACCCAGAAAUUAUUUGAUAAAAACAGCUGCAUUGAACGUUUUCGCAUAAUAAACACUGAACAAACAGUCUCUCUCUUGGUUUACAUCAUAUCGCUCAACAUCAGUGGACAGUCACCAUGUGGAUCUCUGUGUGUCUGAUCAGCUCUUUCCUUCAUAUCACUGCAGGCUGCACUCAAUUAGUCACUAAGAUCACUGUCUACUCAGGCCAGUCUGUUCUCCUGCCCUGCUCCUGUAGUAAAACCCAGGCUAAACAUCCCAGCUUCACAUGGAUUAAACUCAGAGGUCAACAGACACCUGAGAUAAUAUCACCCCGGAGUGAUCUGUACAGUGGCAGAGUGGAGAUAUUUAAUAACAACUCUCCUGGGAACCUCUCUGUCCUCCUCUCACACGUCACCGAGGACGAUCAGGGGUGGUACAGGUGCAAAAUCAGCCGUGAAAAAUACAGCGACGUCGAACUCACUGUUGAAGGCUGCACUCUGUCAGAACCUCGAUCAAGGGUGGUCAAUGCAUCCCCAGGCCAGUCUGUUCUCCUGCCCUGCUCCUGUAGUAAAACUCAGGCUAAACCUCCCAGCUUCACAUGGACUAAACUCAGAGGUCAACAGACACCUGAGAUAAUACCAACCCAGAGUGAUCUCUACAGAGGCAGAGUGGAGAUAUUUAAUAACAUCUCUCCUGGGAACCUCUCUGUCCUCCUCUCACACGUCACCGAGGACGAUCAGGGGUGGUACAGGUGCAAAAUCAGCCGUGAAAAAUACAGCGACGUCGAACUCACUGUUGAAGGGAAAUACCAACGCCUCACAACCACUACCACCAAACAUCCACCAUUAACUCAAUCAAAUGGACUAGACAUUACAACACCUAAAGGGGCAGACACAGUGGGGACUUCAGAAGAAGAUCCAUCUGCUUCCCCUCAACAAUACAAUACAAUACAAUACACCUUACUGGCUGUUCUACCAGUCAUACUGAUCAUCACUGGAGUGUCUUGGUACAUAUACAAGAGAAACAAAGGAAAGAAAAACACAGGAGAGAAAAGUAGUGGGAGCAAAACAGAAGGAGAGAAAAAGGAUGAUCCCUCUGUAAUGUAUGAUACAGCUCAAGAACCCAGAAACAACAACCAAGAGGAGACACCAACACCCCUCAGUGCUCCAGAGGAUCCCUCAGUGACAUACUCCACCAUCGUCUACAUGAAAGGAAAAAGGAACACAGCAGUGAGUCUGGAGAGCGGUGGAAAAACAGAGUAUGCCACUAUCAAGACAGGCACGUUCUCCUAGAGCCACUGUACUGUAUGACCUACUGCCAUCUCACAGCCUUUUCCUGCAGAGUGAUCUCAUAUUGGGCCCAGUAUCAAGAGGUUUGAUCUGGCACACAUGACUAUAAAUAUAUUUCACUCUGUACUAAGACAUGUUAAGUGGUUAUCACAGGAAAUCAGAUGUUAACCUACAACCAAAAUAAUAAAGUCUCAGAGAUAUAGGCGAGAUGAUUGGUGAAGCAAUAAGAUACCAUUUUAUUUUUGUGUAGCUGAGACAACCAAAGCACCUUAUAUGGCUUAAAGUUCAGCUAGUUCUCUUUUUAUAUCGUUGUUGUGCAUUUAUUUUUAAAUAUGUGAACUUUUUGAAAUAGACACGGAUGCUUUCAGACAUGUUUGAGAAAAAGGAAAAUGUGGUUUGAUGUGUCAAAGCAAAAAAACACAGAUUUCACAAUCAGUUUUGCAAGAGGUUGCUUGGGUGGCUAUCAUCCAUCUUAAUUGUGUAAGGGGUGCGUGACUGGCUGCAGGAAAGUCAGGCGCAGGAGAGCAGAACUGGGUAAAACCCGAGGCAGUUUAAUAUGAAGAAAAAACAACGGCACCCAGAACAACAAAAUCUGGGUACAAAAUAACCCGUGGCGAACCAGUCAGAGUGCACAAACACUUUACAAUAAACAAUUUCACACACAGACAUGGGGGGAACAGAGGGUUAUAUACACGACAAGUAAUGAGGGAAUGUAAACCAGGUGUGUGGAAAAACAAGACAAAACAAAUGGAAAAUGAAAGGUGGAUCGGCGAUGGCUAGAAGACCGGUGACGUCGACCGCCGAACGCCGCCCGAACAAGGUGAGGAACCGACUUCGGCGGAAGUCGUGACAAUGUAUAUACUGUACUUCUUAUUGUUCUGCCAAGAAGCUGGUACAUGCUGAGCAUUUCAUCAUUCUCGAAGUUGACAGAAAAAAUGUAAAGGAUACAAAUGUUUUUAAAUGUCAGAAUUUGUCAUAGAAAACAACCUCUACCUAAUGUCAGAAUUUUGUCACAGACAGCAAUCUUUGUGAAAACAACCUCAAACUUUUGUCAAAUCCUGUUAGUUAGCUACAGUACUUCCUCUUUUGUGUAAUGGACAAAUCACACAUUGUGGUCUUACUGAACAGGGAAAGCAGUCUAACAAUGUCAUCAACUGAAGCAUUCACUUUUGAAGUGCACAACUAACAGGGAAUUAUAUGUUUUAGUGUGUCGUUUUCUUCGUCAUUUGCCAAAGUCAGGUUUUCCAAUCAUGACUGUAAAUACACUGAACGAAAAUAUAUACGCAACAUCUAAAGUGUUGAUCUUACAGUCUGUUUCAUGAGCUGAAAUAAAAUAUCACAGAAAUGUUCCAUA